UAGUUCACCCAAAAAUUUAAAUUCUGUCACCAUUUCCUUUUAAACCUGUAUGAGUUUCUUUAUUCUGUUAACACAAAAGAAGAUAUUUUGAUAAAUAAUGGUAAGCACACAUUUGACUGAAGUAGCCUAUUUGUUUUUGCUAUAGGGUACUGUCAACUGUGUGGUUUCCAUAAUUUUUAAUAUAUCUUUUAUUUGUGUUAAAAAGGAUUAAAAAAACUCCUACAGGUUAAUGACAACUUAAGGGUUAAGUAAUGGCAGAUUUUUUUUUUUUUUGGUGAAUUGUUUCUUUAAUGUAGCAUACAUACAAGUAAACCUCUUUAUAGGCCAAAGUUUAAGUUUAUAUUUAGGGUUCAUUAUGUUGACAUUUUCUCUUUAUCUUGUAUUUUCAAAUCUAAGAGACUGAAAUACUUUGAAUGUCUUUUUUGACAAAUUACCUGUCAUUAAUAUCAAACACAAUCAUCUAACGUUGUCAGUAUGAGAAAUCACAACGUCUCAGAAUGCUGUCUUGGUCACAUUCUUGCCAUGGGAAUAAACAGAGAGAGAGAUGAUGUAUGUGUAUAUGUACAGCCGUGGCUAAAGGUUUUGAGAAUGACCCAAAUAUACAUUUUCACAAAGUCUUGCCAUAUGUUAGUAUGGUAUACUAAAGUAUAAUUACAAGCAUUUCAUAAGUGUCAAAUGCUUUUAUUGACAUUUUAUUAUUACAUUAAGUUUAUGCAAACAGUCAAUAUUUGCAGUGUUAACCCUUCUUUUGCAAGACCCCUACAUUUUGCUCUGGCAUGCUGUCAAUCAACUUAAUGCUGUCAAGCCCAAUCUUCAAUGUUUGGUUUUUGUCCGAAUUUGAGGGUUUUUGUUUGUUCAAUCACCAAUUGGAUUGACCUCAAGUUCUCAAUGGGAUUAAGAUGUGGGAAUUUCCUGGCCAUGGACCCAAAAUUUUGAUGUUUUGUUCCUCGGGACACAAGGUACUCCAUCAUGCUGGAAAAGGCAUUGUUCAUCACCAAACUUGGAUGGUUGGGAUAAGUUGUUCUUUAUUCGUGGCUGUUACUCCAACAUGUUAUUUUAAUAGUGCAAUAUAUAACAUUAUCUAAAAACAUUGAAAACAAUAGAUGGUUGUAUCGAAAUGCUAUCUGCACUUUUAAGCUCCACCCUUUGAAGGUGUCUAGGGUAUAGAUACAGCCGAGUGACACUUGCUCACUAUAUGGAGCAAGACGCACAAAGAGGUGACACAGAAAAAUCUUUCACAAAAAGUUUAUCAAAAUGGCCUACAAGCAGUCACUUACAGAAGAGGAUUUCUACUGUCCUAUCUGCUGUGAUAUCUUCAAGGAUCCAGUUCUUCUAGCAUGCUCUCACAGCAUCUGCAAGGGAUGCAUACAAACCUUCUGGAACGGGAGAAGACUGCGAGAGUGUCCCAUCUGCAGAACUGUCUCCUCCAACCCUGAGCCACCACUAAACAUUGUGCUGAGAAACAUGUGUGAGCCGAUGAGAGAAGAAACGACUGAAGAACCUCCAGUGGAGGCUGUGGGCUCCUGUAGAGUUCAUGGAGAAGCUCUUACCUUCUUCUGCACUGAAGAUCAAGAACCAGUCUGUGGAACAUGCACAAGUAUUAAGCCGCAUAAGAACCAUCGUAUCCGCUCAACGAAAGAUGCAUCUCAAGACCUUAGGCAGGAGCUUCAGGGGAAGCUACAGGCCUUAAAGGAGAAACUAAGAGCCGUUAAAGCAUCAGAAGAGUCCUUUAAUGAAACGAACGAGUACAUUAAAAUGCAAAAACAACAGGCUGAGAUUCAAAUUAAAGAAGAGUUUAAAAAUCUUCACCAGUUUCUACAAAAUGAAGAGGCUGCCAGGAUCACAGCACUGAGAGAGGAAGAGGAGGAGAAGAGAGCGAUCAUUAACAAGAAGAUUGAGGAGAUUAGAUCAGGAAUGUCAUCUCUCUCACGCAUUAUUGAGUUCCUUGAAGAACAGCUUAAAAAGACUGACUUGGCAUUUCUUGAGAAUUACAAGGCUACAGUUGAAAGGACACAGUGUAGACUGCAAAAUCAAGUAAUCCCUUCAGGAGGGCUGAUCGAUGUCGCAAAGCAUGUGGGUAACAUAUCCUUUGAAGUGUCAAAGAAUCUCCAAGACAUCAUCCAAUAUACUCCAGUAACUCUUGAUCCCAACACCGCCCACAGUUACCUGGUGGUGUCAGAUAAUCUAACAAGUAUUCUCUACGCUGAUGAGCUCCAACAGCAGCUUCCAGCAAACCCAGAGAGGUUUGUAGGCUACGCGAGUGUUCUUGGUUCUGAGGGUUUCGACUCAGGAUCUCACUACUGGGACAUUGAGGUAGGAAACAGCACAGCUUGGGCUGUGGGGGUGAUCGCGGAGUCUGCGUACAAGAACCGAAAAAAUCACCCCAAGGCGGGCUUGUGGUAUGUGGGUUACUCUAAUGGUAAAUACGGGAAGGGCUAUUCUCCUGAAAUCCUGACACUUCUACGGGUAAGCCAGAGAAUCCAGAAGAUCAGAGUGCAGCUGGAGUGCAACAAAGGAAAACUGAUAUUCACAGACUUGGGUCAUAAUGUCAUCCUGCAUGUCUUUAAAAACAUUUUUUCUGAGAGAGUUUUUCCUUACUUUUAUAAUCAUUCACUACAUCCACUGAGAAUCAUGCCGGUGAAGACAUCUGUGGCAGCACACAUUUAGACUUAGACAUUUUUAACUCUUAGGGGUAGUUUCCAGGACAGGGAUUAGACUAGUCCUGUCCAAACUGAAAACAACUUGCACUGACAUAUGUUAAAUACAUAAGUGCCGUUUGUUUUGCCCCAAAAUGCACACAAGUUAUGUUUUUAGUAGGGCAUGUUUGUUAAAACUAGUAAGGCCUCGUCCUGGCCUAAGCUAAUGCCUGUCUGGGAAACCACCUCUUAGACCUUUAGAUGGUGAAAUUGUUUGAAUGAUGUUGAUUUUACACUGCAAAAAAAUACGUUCUUACUUAGUAUUUUUGUAUUGUUUUCAGUAGCUUUCAAAUAUAAAAAAAUUGGAAAUAAGUUUACUUUUUUGUUAAACACUUAAACACAGUUUUAAGCACAAAUUCACUUACAUAUUUUUUGCCUAAAAAUUACACUUAUUUGCUUAAUGGGGCAUACACACCAAACGUGAGUUAAACGAUUUUCACCAGUAGAUUACAUACAAAGUCAAUGCAAAGACGCGAUCAGACAUGUCCUUGCGUGGGGCGAUGUAAAUGAUGCGAUAUGGGCGGCACGUUUGCUGCGAAAACACCCGCUACACUGUAAAAAAGGAUUUUCAAGAAAAAAAAUCUUAGUAUUUUUGUCUUGUUUUCAGUAAAAAUAUCAAAACUUUUUCCAUGUUUAAAUGCUAUGACUGGGCCCCCAGUGCUUCGAUCAAUCUAGAAAAUGUGAAAAAGAUCAACCCAGUAACUUAGUUUUGGUAAACCAUUCUCUACAAGCACAUGAAAAAAUAGGUCAUUGAAAUUUGGCUCUCCUUAUGAUGUCAUAAGGAGCUCUUAUUAUAAUAAUACCACCCCUUAAUCUGCACUAUCCAACCACAGCACUGCCAUUUAGUGCAGAGAAAAGCACAAUUGAGUUUUUAUUGCAACAAACCACCAUCAUUGUGAUCAGUGUUUGAAUUUCAUCAGCUCAUUUGCAUUUUAAAGGACACACCCAAAACGGCACAUUUUUGCACACACCUACAAAGUGGCAAUUUUAAAAUGCUAUAAUAAGUUAUUUAUAUGGUCUUUUGAGCUAAAACUUCACAUAUGUGCUCUGGGGACACCAAAGAUUUAUUUGACAUCUUAAAAAAGUCUUGUGCCAUGGCCCCUUUAAAUUAAGAUGCUUUUUCUUGAUGAGCAAAAUAAACCAGGAAAAUAAGUCUAGUUUUUAGACCAAAUAUAUCAAAUUUAAGUGAUUUUGUGCAUAAAACAAGCAAAAGAAUCUGCCAAUGGGGUAAGCUAAUUUUUCUUUAAUUUAAAGAAAAAUUUUCAAGAUUUUUUUGCUUACCCCAUGUACAAAAUCACUUAAAUUUGAUAUUUUUGGUCUAAAAACUAGACUUAUUUUCUUGGGUUGUUUUGCUCAUCAAAAAAGCAUCUUAAUGUAAGAUUUUUUUAUAUAUUUUUACUGAAAACAAGACAAAAAUACUAAGAAAAUAUUUUCUUGAAAAUAAUUUUUUGCAGUCUUCGCUCAAGUUGAAAAUAUUCAGCUCAAGCGAAAAAUUUGCAUGACACGAAGUUAAAUCCCGUGAGUAAUAUAGAGCAAGUAACCACUGCCCAGCGUUUGGUGUGUACGUAGCAUAAGUCAUUUUGCUCAACAACAAAAUGUUUCUUGAUUUAAGAAUUUUUAGAUAUUUGUACUGAAAACAAGACAAAUAUACUAAGGAAAUAUUUUUGUAGGGCAAUGCAAAAAAAAGACAAAUGCAGCAGCUAAUGUGAUCUAACAUGCAAGGUGUCGCAAUACAAAGUUUUAUAUGUAACUAAAAUAUCUCAGAUAAAUUUACCCAACAAGCAAAAUUGCAUAAGAUGUUAUGACUGUUUUAUGUAUACUGAAUAUAAUUUUAUUUGAUUUAUUUCAGCAGUGUAUGAAUGACAUGAAUCAAUUAAACAAACCUUUGUGAUUUGAAUGUCACUGUUAGAUAAAAUAAUCAAAAAUUGGUCCCAAGCAGUCACUGGGGCAGUAGCCUACCUUUUAAAAAGUUCCUAAUAUGUACCAUUUGGUACCAAUGCGUAAUUUUGAUGUAAUAUAAACUCUUUUGUGAAGGUGUAUUUUUUAAAAGGAUGCUACCCUAGUGACAUCUAAUGACCAUUAUUUGACCUUUUAGGAAAUUAAUAUGUCUGUUUUAAAAAAUAUCAGUGUAAUAAACAUUUCUGAUGGUUAAGGGGCAUGCACACCAAGGUGAUUACCAAUUUUUUUCAAUGGAAGCGUAGCGUUUUUCAAAAAUGGCAGCAGCUGGCAGGUUUUGUCCGCACUAAGCGCCGGCACUCAGCAUUUUUUUCACGCUGAGAGUUGAAAAAUUUUCUCAGCUUUUUCAAUGUCACUCUUCAAUCAGCCGUCCAAUCGCAGUGAAGGAGGGGUGGGACAAAUAUCACAACAACCAACCGGCACAUCGUUCAACGACAGCAUCACAGCAACCAAUGUGCACAGCCGGCAUCUGCCUGGCAUUUUCAGUCGCGUUUAAAAGCUUUGGUUUACACGCCCCUUAUAGCCUGCACUAUCAAUGUACUGUAAUGUAUUACUCAAUUUAAAUAAAAUAUGCUGUCUAUGUAGGCAGCUCAGA